AUGACGCUGGCCCCCGACCUGACGGGCUCGGAGGCGGCCUGGCGGCUGGCGCCGUACAUCUGGACGCACCAGUACACGCACCUCUCGCCCGCGACGUGCUUCGUGGUCGACGACGGCGCCGGCAGGGCGGUGGGGUACUGCAUCGGGUGCCCGAGCGUCGCGGCCUUCGUGGACGCCUACGGGCGGUACGUGGACGAGGUGCUGGAGCCGUCGGCCGAGGUGUCCCGGCCGGGGGACGUGGCGGGCCGGAGGGAGCCGUGGCUGCUCGAGGGGGCUUCGUCCAUCAACGAGACGUGCCUGGCGCAGACGGCGUACAACCCGCGGUGGCUGCUGGUGGAGGGCAACGAGGACGUGCUGGGGGAGGGGUACCGGGCGACGAUGCACGUCGACCUGCUGGAGCCGUGGCAGGGCAAGGGCUGGGGCCGGAGGCUGGUCGAGCGGUUCGUGGAGGAGGUGAGGGCGCGGAGGGCGGGCGACUGCAAGGGGAUCGGCAUCGGGGUCGCGAGCUCCAACCGGAAAGUGGUCGCGUUCUACGAGAAGCUGGGGUUCCGGGAGUGGGAGGAGAAGGACCCUGAGGCGAGCGGGAUCCGCAUGGUGAAGGACCUGUGA